GCCGUUGGGUUUGAAGCUGCGGGAGUGUGUGGCGCUCUGAUGCCGGAAGCGCUGGAACCUCUCCCCUCUCCUCCUCCUCCUCCCCCCCACCUCCACCCAAGAUGGCGGGACUGUCUUUAUAUUACGAGGAUUCUCAGGACGAGUUGGAGGAAUUUGGGUUUGACGAUUAUGGCUCAGACUGCGAUGGAAUAAGGAUAACUGCGUUCCUGGAUUUAGCGAAUCAAGAUGAAAUGACUCCCCUUUCAAGACUGGAGAAGUAUGCUGCCAGCGACAAUGUGUUCAACAGGCAGAUUGUUGCUCGAGGACUGUUGGAUGUUCUACGAGCUUUCAGUGAUGAUGAAAAAGACUUCCUGGCUGUUAUGGAAACGGUAGUUCGGCUGUCUGAGGAUACAGAGCCUACCGUGCGUGCUGAACUGAUGGAACAGGUACCUCACAUAGCCAUGUUCCUGCAGGAGAACCGGCCGUCCUUCCCAACCGCUUUUUCCAAGUACCUUGUACCCAUUGUUGUCCGAUACCUCACAGAUCCCAACAACCAGGUUAGAAAAACGAGUCAGGCAGCCCUGUUGGUACUGCUGGAACAGGAACUGAUCGACAGCACUGAUGUUGAGACCAAGGUUUGCCCGAUCCUGUUGGAUCUGACUGCUCCUGACGGUGAUGAUGACUACAAGAUCGAAGCUGUCGCAAUCAUUUGUAAAAUGGCUUCCAUGUUGAGUGGUGAGAUAACCGAACGCCUGCUUCUGCUUCGAUUUUGUGAGCUGUGCAGCGAUGGCAAACUGUUCCAUGUCCGGAAGGUGUGUGCCACUAACUUUGGCGAUAUCUGUAACUCCGUCGGUCAGGAAGCCACUGAGAACCACAUGAUUCCCAGGUUCUUCCAGCUGUGCUCAGACAGUGUCUGGGGCAUUCGGAAAGCCUGUGCUGAGUGCUUCAUGUCUGUUUCCUGUUCCGUUUCACCUGAAAUCCGCAGAACAAAACUCUCCCCGCUCUUCAUCAAUCUCAUCAGUGAUCCUUCUCGAUGGGUCCGCCAAGCAGCAUUCCAGUCUCUGGGUCCAUUUAUCUCCACUUUUGCCAAUCCAUCUAGUGCUGGCCUGUAUAUCAAGGAGGAUGGUACCCUCAGCAUCAGGCAGCCAGAGUUCGGCGUUUGCUCAGGAGAUUUAGCUGGAGUUCAGAACCGAGAAGCCAUAGAGAAUUCAAGGUUGUUGACGAAAGUGGAAUCGGAUAGUGGAGAAAGCCUGCCUCAGCAGCACAGGACAUCUGAAACCACUGCACAUUCUCAGCUAAACUUGAACUGCAGCAGUCACAAGGAUCAUGUAUCUGAUCUUUCAACUGGUACCAUUUCUGUUUCGAGUGACCCAGAGACGAUGGCCUUCACUGCAGCUAAAAGUUCAUAUCUUUCCUCUAAUCGAGCAAGCGGCCUUUCUCUAGGCUCAACAAACGCUGCGGACAUAUUUAACUCCUUUGUUUACUGGAGGACACCUCUCCCUGAUAUAAACUUUGACUUGGAGCUGCACCACGCUGCAGUUGAGGACAGACGAGAUCAGACCAUCUACUCUCGUGCCGGCACUCGUUCUGAAGGCUUCACAACUAGCAGUGACCUUGAGAGAGUGUUGGAGAGCUUACAGGCUCACUUGGAUGAUCCUGAUGUCCAAGCACAAGUCCAGGUGUUGACUGCUGCACUGCGUGCUGCACAGCUGGAUUCUGACCCAGAGGAAGAGCCUUGCACUGAUACUGAGAGUGCUAGCAACAUACUGACACAGCCUGAAAUUGCCCAGCUAAUAGCUUCUACAGAUGGCCCUGACUGCAUCAGCAAUGAUGUGCCAGAGAGUUUGGACCCAGCAGCUGAAGUCACCUUGGAAGCAGGCAAACACUCGGAGUGUUUGGAACUUAAUGUGGAUGAACAUAAUAUGAGUUUUGAUAGCCAGCUGUGUUCCGAUGGCAGAACUGCAGAGCUGGGCCAGGAGGACAGUCUGCUGUUUGAUGAAGAUCAAUCAAAACUACAGGAUGUUAUUCCCCAGCCACUGUUGGACCAGUACCUGUCUAUGACUGACCCGUCCCGUGCCCAAACCGUGGACACCGAAAUUACAAAGCACUGUGCAUACAGCCUCCCUGGCGUGGCUCUGACUCUCGGCAGACAGAACUGGCAUUGCUUAAAGAAUACCUAUGAAAUGCUGGCAUCUGACGUACAGUGGAAAGUGCGCCGCACGUUGGCUUUCUCCAUACACGAGCUGGCAGCAAUCCUUGGGGAUCAGCUCACUGCAGCUGAUCUGGUUCCCAUCUUCAACGGGUUUUUAAAGGAUCUCGACGAGGUGCGCAUUGGAGUACUGAAGCAUCUGUAUGAUUUUUUGAAGCUGCUUCCUGUGGAUAAGAGACGGGAAUACCUGUUCCAGCUGCAGGAAUUCAUGGUGAUGGACAACAGUCGAAACUGGCGGUUCAGAUACGAGCUUGCAGAACAAUUGAUUCUGCUGCUGGAACUCUACAGCCCCAAUGACGUGUGUGACUAUUUGCGACACAUUGCUCUCACUCUCUGCUCUGACAAGGUUGCUGAAGUUCGGUGGAUCUCAUUCAAACUGGUGGUGGAGAUCCUAAGGAAGUUCUAUGCCACUAGUGCUAACUCCUUAGCACUGAAUUUCAUGAACGAACUGACGGUUAGAUUCUGCCACUGCCCCAAAUGGAUAGGUCGUCAAGCAUUUGCAUUCAUCUGUCAGGCAAUCGUGGAGGAGGAGUGCGUCCCAGUGGAUCAGUUCAUUGAACACCUGCUUCCCAGUCUCCUCAGUUUAUCCACAGAUCCUGUGCCCAAUGUGAGGGUGUUACUUGCCAAAGCCCUGAGGCACACACUGCUAGAGAAAGCAUAUUUUACAGGUGUCGAGAACGCUCAUGUGGAAGCUGUGGAAGAGACCGUUCUGAUCCUGCAAUCUGACCGAGACCGCGACGUACGCUUUUUCUCCAGCACGGAGAUCCGAAAUAAUCCUCUCAACACAACGAGCUCCUUCAUAAACUGAAAACUUCUCAAAAGUCAACCUGUCACUAUACUUCCUGCCACGUGUGGUUCUCGACUGGUAUGUUGAAGUGAAGCCGUGUCCCGAUGAAUGAACCUGGAGGCAAACCUUUUAAGUGGACGUGACCUUGAUCUGCAGGCUGGAUCUGGACUGGAGGAGGCAAAUGCAGGACCUUUGUUACAUAUGUGCAUAGAUCUGCAACAGAGCUUUUUAUAAAUGGAGGAACGAAUGGUCCUGUAAGAGCUGGUGAGAGUUCUUCACCACAGCCUUACCUAUCUGUCAUUUCUGAACAAUAUCAAUACUUUGAAACAAAAACAAAUGGGGGGGGGGUGGGGGGGAAACUCUUUUUAAUCACACUCAGAUUGCUAACCAGACCUUUCAAGCACUAACUGGGUUCUAUUUUUAAGUAAACUUUCUAAUUUGAAAAGA